GAGGCAGGAUCAAGGCUGAGAAAGGGAGGUAACGAGGGACGCUCGGCAAAUACAUGAGGUUGAAGUUCCCUGAUCGCAUGAGUUAAAGGCUAAAGUGUCGCAAGUCCCCUCCAGCGAGGCUGAGAAAAGAAAAGCCGGAGAAAGGAAUCAGGUGUUUGCGGAGUGACUAACUGGACGAAGCACAAAAUGAAACGGAAAGAAAUGGUACCGCAGCGACAUGGGUUGUGCUAUUGUGCCUGAAUGUUAAGCCACUGUACAUUGUCCAUGCCCACCAAUACCGAGAAAAGAAGCGCGGAUCUCGGGGAGGACAGGCGGUUCUGAAGCACUCUACACGAAUUUUGACAAAGCUUCUUCGUGUUUCCCUUUUUUUGUUUUCAAAAAGUCAUCUUAUUGUAUACAAAAGCUGAACUACAAAUGGAUAGCGUACUUUUACUGACGUGGAUUUUGAUGGGUGCGUUUCUCCAGCCAAUUAAUACCCAAAAGUCGGAGCUGGAUGCAGUGUUAAACUGCUGCGAGGGCGACCUCCUCUUCCUGCUUGACUCCUCGGGCAGUGUUUCGUCCUACGAGUACUCACGGAUGCUGAGCUUCCUGUCUGAGCUGCUGUCCCCCUUCUCGUUGGGCGCCAACCAAGUGCGAGUGGCGCUGCUGCAGGUGGGAACCGAGCCACGGCUGGAGUUCGGUUUCGACACGUACACAAGCCAGCAAGGCUUGCAGGAAGCCCUGAAGGUUGCCAAACAGGUGCGUGGGGACACCAAUACAGAGGCAGCCCUGAAAAUGGCCCAGCAGGUGCUCCGGCCGGGCGCGGCAGGCGGGGUGCGGGCGGAGCUCCCGCGGGUGCUGCUGUGGCUCACCGACGGCUUGCAGCCCGGGCCGGUGGAGGGUCUGAUGGCGGCUCUGCGGCAGGAGGGCGUAGCAGUGCUGGCUGUUUCCACGGGACACAGCAACUACAGAGUUCUGCAGCAGGUGGUCACCCCGCCCACCGACAGCCACCUCUACUUCGUGGACAUCGAUGACAUGAGCAUCAUCACCAAAGACCUGCGGGAUGCCAUCAUCGAGAUCAUCCGGGCUCAGCGACUGCAUGUGCGGGAUGUAACCACCAGCAGCGCCAGCCUUCACUGGCGGCCUGUCCUGAGCGGUGGUACCGGCUUCUACAAUAUUCAGGUUGACCCGGUUAUACCCGGGGAAGUAGGAGAGGGAGAUGGAGGAAGGGAUGGGGAGCUCGGUACCAGCUCCAGCACUGGAGGGCCACAGCACCAGAGGCUGACCCGCCCAGCAGAUGCCAACCAGGCUGAACUUAGACACCUGCUGCCUGGUGCCACCUACAAGGUCACGCUGACCACACAGCCCAAUGUGGCGGCAAUGGAGCCCCUCACUGCCACCUUCACCACUCUGUCAGUGUCCCCAGACCAAGAGGUGCUGAGCCCAACUGUUGUGACAGUUUCAAAUCCAGGCAUGCGGAGUGUCAGGGUGAGUUGGGGUCCUCUGCAGCCAGAAUCGGUGAAGCUCUAUGUGGUGGAGUAUUCGGCCCUGCCGCAGGGGAAAGUGCGUGCCACCACCGUCACCCGGGACCAUAACUCCACCCUGCUGACUCAGCUACAGCCUGACACCCAGUAUCUUGUCACUGUGAGUGCGCUACAUUCAUCCGGCCAAGAGAGGGCGAUGUCUGUCAAGGUGUGCACUCAAGAGGAGCUACUCCCGCUGGCCGAUUUGCAGCUGACUCCAGCGGGUCAUGACUCGGUGCAGGUUCAGUGGAAGGGCAGUGUGGAGGGUCUGCAGGGCUACUGGGUCACCUGGCAGGGUGCCGGUGGGAACGUCAGCUCCUCCCGGUUCCUCCCACAAGGCACGCUUUCCACACUGCUGACAGACCUGCCCGCCGGCGGCGCUCGCGUUUGUGUCUCGCCCGUCUACCGGACUGCCCGUGGAGAGGGGCUCUGCUGCACCGCCCGCUUUCAUCCCGGUCCAUCACCCUGGACUUACAGCCCUCACAGCCUCGCCCAAUCACAUGCUUGACAGACAGCGCAAGGGCCAUGAAUUCUAGGAGGGGCUGGGAAGGACUCAAAUUUCUGACACUGGACAGACAUAGAGACCCUUGUGCACAUGCUUGUCUGGUAAAACAUGAUUGGUUUGAAGCUGCCAGAGCUCCUGUUUCCAGAAGAGGGCACCAUUCCUACUUAAAGCUGUAAACACUGGACUAGGAUAAUUUUAUCUCAGCUACUGACCACUCGCAUUCUCAUUGGCUCAUCAUUUAGACAUGUGGGCACACACAGACAAACACGAACCCCCAGAGUGUAUCUCUGAUUCAUCUCUGAUUUUCAUAUUUCAUAUGAGAAACAUUGUUGAAAACUUCCACAUUUAGUGCCACCUACACAUUUUGCUUUCUUACAGCCUAUUCUACAGCAAUCUUUCAAUUAAGACAACAGGUAACAAGGACUCUGCAGGUGUCCUCCAGGUAGCCUUGCUUUCAUUUCCCGUGAUAUUUGUAAAAAUUUCAGUCCCAUAUGUUUUUUUUAGUUAAGUUCACAUUACUUAAUAGGCUUUAGAAAGUCUCAACUCAGCCUGGGCACUUGCAGGUGCUAUAAAUAAUUGACACAUCUCUAUAAGUUACUUCAUUGCUCAGUAAUGCAUGUACUUCAUGUGCCAGAUCAGUUCAGUCUUGGUCCUGGUGAAGCCUUGUGCUUGUAGGCUUCUGCGAUAUCCUUUAGGAAGCUCAGUAUAGAGUCGACAUGAGCUAAGAUACAGUAGGAUCAGUGGCAUGGUUGUGUACGCUGGCUUAACUUGCAGCUAACCUGAUAGAUGAGUUUGGUGGUGCUUUUCAUGACAGUUAUAUGAUUUAGUGUUUAGUGAAGCAAUUCGGCAAGUAUACUCAGAAAGAUAAGAGCAAUGACAUUAUUAUUAGGAUGUAGUAUUUUAAUGGUUGUGCAUAAUACAAAUGUAAUAUGGAGUAAUUCAAUUGUAAAGUAACUAUUUUGAUACUUUUCAGAUGCCACUUUGUCUUCACACUAGUGAGAAACUCCCCCUAUUUUUUUGCUAACAUUGAUUAAGUCAUUUAAAGGAUUUUUGUUUUACCAUGCAUGUUAUAUACAUUUUUGUAAAAAAAAAAACUCAAAAAAUAUUUAUACAUUGUGA